GAAAAGAAUAAACAAUUUUCAGAUACAUCUUGUCAAGAAGAAAAGUCUGUCAUGAUUGACCGUCUGAUUGAUGUCUCUGCAGAAAUUAUUGACUCAAUAUGGUCAAAGAAACAAAAACCAACCUCUAAAAUCAUCAUGCCCACCAAUGAAUUUAUACGAGAAAUCAUUCAACGAUCAAGAGCCACUUAUUCUAUGCUUCGACUUGCCCUGUUUUAUAUCUUUCGUAUUCGCAACUUAAUACCUCAAAGCACACAUUGUAUUGUAUGUUGCGGAAGACGUAUGUUUCUUGCUGCUCUUAUGCUUGCCUCAAAGUACCUUCAUGACAGGAAUUAUCGGAAUAGAACGUGGGCUAAAAUUGCUAAUUUAGAUGUAGCGGAAAUCUCUGCUUCAGAAUUUGUCUUUCUAAAAUUAAUUGACUAUAGACUCUAUGUUUCUAAACUGCUUUAUGAUAGAUGGGUUUUUCUUUUGCAUGAACAUGUC